UUUGCAGCUCAUUGCCACCACCUUUCUAGAGCCACCCAGCCAGAGGAAAGCCACCCAGUAUCCCAGGGUAGGGAUGCAGCAGGUUCACAUUCAUGCUGCUAUGAACUACCAAUUCAGCCUGGAUAUGGAGGCCAUGAGCAUAAACAUGGGAGACCUGCUUACAGUUCUGGAUUUCAGUAACUACAGCAACUACAGCAACGAGCUGCUGGAGCCCCAGAGCGACUAUGUGUGCCCCAGGAUCCACAGCUGGGAAGACCAGCUGAGUUACAAGGCCGUGUUCGUGCUCGUGGCCUACAGUGCCAUCUUCCUCCUGGGCGUGACGGGCAACGCCUUGGUGCUGGUGAUUCUCCAGAGCCACCGGACGGCGCGCAGCUCCACCGAGGCCUUCCUGCUCCACCUGGCCGUGGCCGACCUGCUGCUCGUGCUCACCCUGCCCUUUGCCGUGGUCGAGGGGGCCGUGGGCUGGGUGCUGGGGGCCUUCCUCUGCAAGGCCGUGAGCGCCCUCCACAAGGUCAACUUCUACUGCAGCAGCUUGCUCCUGGCCUGCAUCGCCGUGGACCGCUACCUGGCCAUCGUCCGCUCGGUCCACGCCUACCGCCACCGCCGCCUCUUCUCGGUGCACGUCACCUGCGCCGCCGUCUGGCUGGCCGGCUGCCUCUGCGCCCUGCCCGAGCUCCUGUUUGUGACGGUCAGCAAGACCGGGUCCAACGACUCGGCGGCCUGCAGCUUCUCUGGCCAAGGCCUGGCGGGCAGCGACGCGCGGCUCGCCUCGCGCUUCCUGUACCACGUGGGGGGCUUCCUCCUUCCCCUGCUGGUGAUGGGCUGGUGCUACGCCGGGGUGGUGAGGCGCCUGUGCCAGGCCCAGCGGCGGCACCAGCGGCAGAAGGCCGUCAAGGUGGCCAUCCUCGUCACGGGGGUGUUUUUUUUCUGCUGGUCCCCUUACAACGUGGUCAUCUUCCUGGACACCCUGGUGAUGCUGCACGCUGUGCCCAAGUCCUGCCAGCUGGACGAGCAGCUGGCGACGGCCAUCACCACGUGCGAGUUCUUGGGCCUGGCCCACUGCUGCCUCAACCCUGUGCUUUACACAUUUGUGGGGGUGAAGUUCCGGAGCGACCUGGUUCGCCUGCUGGGGAAGCUGGGCUGCGUGGGCCCUGCCACCCUCCACCGGUUCCUCCCCAGCUGGCGCAAGGGCAGCAGCUCCGAGUCAGAGAACGCUACCUCUGUCACCACCUUCUAGGAGCCGCCCCCCCCGGGGCGGAGAGGGGUCCUGGCCGGCAAGGGCCUGCCUCGGACUCGCAGCAGUGCCCGAGGGGGCCUUUGCAAGGACAGGAGGCCUGGACAGACCUCCUUUUUAAGAGACAGCUCCGUCCAGACGUGGGCGUGAGGGCCAGCCUGGCUGGGGACAUUUCUGAACGCUCAGGACGAUACUGUCACUUUCAUUCCCUCCUGUCAUACCUGACUCCUAAGAGGAAGAGAAUUUUUAGGGGGGGCACUUGGGGUGUUAUCCCUGAGCAUCACAAACCGAGGGCCCCACCUGCUCCGUGGGCUCCGUCCCUGCCCGUCGGCCUGCGUGGUUCUGUCGGGCCUCUCGCUUGGGCUGUUCCCUAACCUUGCCGUCGGAAGCCCCUACUCACACAAACAGGAAGCUCCCCUUGACCCACUUCAGGAGGCCCCGGGUGAGGGCCGCCUUGGCCUUGACCACAGGCGCCCAACCCUCCCUCGCUCUCCCACACCAGGCCUGGGUAGAGCCGGAAUAUUUUGAGCUCUGUGAAAGCUCAAGGCCGGGAGGCUGAGGCUGGCCAGAAUAAUGAGGAAUGUCUCAGGCCGGGCCGGAGAAAGCUGCCCCCGAGGGAAGCCGCUCUGAUGACCCCAGGGCCAUUCCCGGGUCUCCGGGCCUGUGGUGGGGUGUGACUGGGUUUAGCUUAAGCUUGUGCCGGCGGUCCGGGGGCUCCCAGACCUUGAACUCCUGCUGCUACCCCGGCCCCACUCCGCAGUUACCUCCCAGAGCGGGAGCAGAGAACCAUAGGGGACCAGGAAUUCGAGGCUCUCCUGGAAGGGACGAGGCCAGGAAGGGAAGCGAGUGGGAAAGGCUUUCUGCAGCCUGUCCGGGAGGACAAGGGGGUGACCAGUCCCCUUCCCACGCAGAGAGCCCGAGAGGAUCCCCUGCCCCGCCAGGGGUCCUCUGAGCUCCUCCUCCAGCACAAGCUGGGUCUUGUUUCCCACACAGUAAGCACAUAAAAAUAAGUUACUGACAGACGGAUGGACGUGCCUAAUGUGAAACAGUUCCGAGAGGGGCAUCUCCUCAAAGGGCCAUUACCUGGAAGGGAGAUUCAAAGGGAGAACGGGGGCCUCCCAGGACCAAGAGUUUCGGGUAAGGGAAGUGAGGUGGGGGGAGGGACAGGAUGGGGCCCAGCACCAAACUCUGGGAGGGAAGUCCCCAAACCCCUAAGGAAGCAGUAGUCCACUCCUCUCUGAGGGAGCUGCUCAGAUGGAACCAGAGGAAGCCGCUUCUCGCUCAGAGGGGCCCAGCUUGACCAGCCUCCGCUGGGCCCCGCACCAGGCCCCACACCUCGGCCUCGGAGACACCGAGAGCCGUCGGCACCUUCUACCUCAGAAUAACCCAGACCCGACGAGAAGCUGCCCCUUCUGGUCCGGACCGGUGAUGAGGCAAAGGCCAAAUGUCGCUCACCUGGCAGGGCACGAGGCUCAAACCAUCCUUGUGGCCCAAGCAGCGGGGCACAGAACGGCCCCCU